UUUCAAUUAACCGUAUACAUCUGUUCGCUUCGUGAAUACUUUCUCGCGGUAGUUUUUCUGGCUAGUACGGUAGCGCGUUGAUUUGCGCGGAGGUAGUUUAUCGAAGGACGACGCAAGGUUCUCGUGGAAGCGGCCACUGAGGGCGCGGCAUUCUUGCAAUUGUUGCGCCCGGCUCCAACAGAAUAACCAAUAGGAGCCGCGGCAGCGCCGCCAUUCUAUCGAGUUCGUGGCACGCCCUACAACUUCCUCCAUUGUCCUUCUUUCCGGGAUUCUCUGCGAGGAAGGAUGGCUCAGAACAAUUAUUUUGGGUUUACUCACGGCGGAACGCAAUAUGGAGCGACAAGCGCGGCCGCUUAUCAAACGGGUCAAGCGGGAUACGCAGUAACUCCAGCGGCAACCGCCGCCACGUACACUCAACGACCCGCUGCUGCCGCGGCUACAGGUUACGAAACCUACCAAGCAGCGGCCGCUGCAGCUGCUACUGGGACCACAUACGCUGCUGCUAAUCCUGGUACUGUGGCUCAAACAUACGAUUACGGGUACGGUCGUGCUGCGCCUGCAGCUACGUACGACGCGACCAAGACUUAUUAUCAACAACCUGCUGCAGCUGCCGCAACAUAUACCACUACUGAAACGCAUUAUCAAGCAGCGAAGCCUGCUUAUAGUACAACCAGUGCUUAUACAGGCACAGCUAGACAAGCUACUACUACUGGACAAGCUAAAACAUACCAAGCAUCGAGCACAGCAUACCAACAGUCCAAUCCUACUCAAAGUGCUACCUAUUCUUCGGGAUAUACAGCACCAGCUACUCCCGCUGCUACACCAUCGACAGCAACAAAUAAAACGGCGAGUACAACGUAUUCCGGCUACGACGCAGCGCUAUAUAGCGCUGCGACUAUGUAUGUAGCCCAACAGAGUGCAAACAGCAAUUCGACUAACCAGAAGACUGGAGGUUGGCAGGGCUACGGACGGAAAGGAUUUGGCGUUGGAGGGGGAGGGAUGAAGGCAAUGCGGCCCAAGCAGCCCCCCAAACCUCAACAACUGCACUAUUGCGAUGUCUGUAAGAUCAGCUGUGCCGGGCCUCAAACCUACCGUGAACAUCUCGAGGGACAAAAGCACAAGAAGAAGGAAGCAUCUCUGAAGGUACCACAGCAGCCACCGGCGCGUGGGGCAGGGAAUAGUCUACGUUGCGAGCUUUGCGAUGUCACUUGUACCGGGAACGAUGCGUACGCUGCUCAUAUCAGAGGUGCUAAGCAUCAGAAGGUGGUAAAACUGCAUACUAAACUUGGAAAGCCAAUUCCAAGCGCAGAUCCGACUGUACUGAAUCCAAAACCAGCUGCAACUGCUAAAGCUGCAGGGGCUAAGAAACCUACAGUAACGGCUACCCCUAAAAUCAAUUUUGUUGCAUCUGGAAAUUUGGGUACUGUAAAUCAGAAUCAAACAACAGAAAUUAAGACGGAAGACACUUCAACAGAAGAAACUGUUGAAGAAACCUCUGUCGACGAGAAAGAUAUUCAACCAGUUGGUCAAGAAUAUAUAGAAGAAAAUAAAUCCGAGGAUGGAAAAAUUAUAAGCUUUAAUUGUAAGCUUUGCGAGUGUAGAUUCAACGAUCCCAAUGCCAAAGAUAUGCAUAUGAAAGGACGGCGGCAUAGAUUUGCUUAUAAGAAAAAGGUUAAUCCUGACUUGGUAGUCGAUAUGAAGCCUAGUUUGAAACAAAGAAAAUUGUUGGAAGAAAAAUUACGCAGGCAACAAAUGAGGGACGAGUAUCUGCGGCGUAGAGAGGAAAUUAAUCAACUAGGACCCAUGGGUCCAAUGAUGGACGAAGAAAUGAUGUAUUGGGAGGAAAGACGACGUUACGAGGAAGAAUGCGAAUACUAUGAAUGGUAUCGACGUUAUGGACGUGGACCUGGAGCACCUCCGAUGCCACGUCCUUUCCCAGGACCACCUCCAAUGAUGAUGUUCCCAGGACCUCAGAGAAGGCCGGACUCGUCUGAUGACAAACACGUAUUAGCUCACCACACCACGAUAUACCCUAAGGAACAGGAACUGCUGGCAGUUCAGAAAAUAGUAUCACAUACCGAGAAAGCAUUAAAAUUCGUGUCUGAUACAUUAGCAGAAGCUGGUAAGAAAACGACACCCCCUACAACUAAUGCGACACCAGCAACUGCAAAUGUGCAACAACCGCAGCAGCAGCAACAACAACCACCACCACCAUCGCAACAGCAGCAACAAACAAACGCAGAAGCAACUGUGAAAAUAAAAGAAGAUCCCGAUAAAAAGAAGGCUGUAACACCGCAGAAAGAGGACGGUAGCGACGGUAAUUUAUUCUCAUUCCAAAAGGAAAAAGAAGAUUCAAGAAUACUAAGAGGCGUAAUGCGUGUUGGUAAUUUGGCAAAAGGACUUUUAUUAUCUGGUGAUAAUCAUGUUUGUCUCGUGGUUCUGUGCGCUGAAAAACCAACACGUUCGUUAUUGAAUAAAGUUGCUGAAAUUCUUCCGGCACAGUUGAAGAUAGUCGCGCCAGAGGAUACUUACAACGUUGGAAAGCAUCCCGAAUCAGCGGCAUUGACAGUUUCAGGAGGCAGCGUGACCGUCAGCGUAACGCUCACCAGCCCUCUAAUGCGUGAAACGCCUAAACCAGCAGCAGCUGCAGAUAAUGCUGGACAGCAGCAACAGGGAGCUGCUCAACCGCAAACAACGCCUACGGCGCCCGCUGUGACGAAACCAGAUCCACCAGAUGUACUUCCCAAGGCUAAGUGUUUGGAGGCUUUAGCUGCACUCAGGCAUGCCAAGUGGUUUCAGGCUAGAGCAACUUCGCUGCAGAGCUGUGUAAUGGUCAUUCGCAUAAUGCGUGAUCUUUGUAACCGUGUACCCACUUGGGGACCAUUAAAUCCAUGGGCACUGGAACUGCUAACUGAGAAAGUGAUCAGCACUGCUGGAGGUCCUCUUAGUCCAGGUGAAGCUUUAAGAAGACUUUUGGAAUGUGUGGCUGGAGGAAUAUUACUACCAGGAAGUCCAGGAUUGUCAGAUCCGUGUGAAAAGGAACCAGUUGAUGCAAUAGGUAAUAUGACAGCUCAACAAAGAGAAGAUAUAACUGCUUCGGCUCAACAUGCAUUGAGAUUAGUCGCUUUCCGUCAAAUUCAUAAAGUUUUGGGUAUGGAACAACUUCCACCGCCCAAAUAUAAAGGCCGAUUCGCUAGAAAACGAAGACGCGACAAUAGUAACGGAGAAGGAACAGAUAGCGAAGCUUCAAAGAAAGAUAAAAAAACAGAGGAGAUCAAAAUGGAAACAGACUCCAAGUAGAUCUACCAAAAUAUUCGCUUUACCGAUUUACUCGUAACUUAUAUAGUGUAAGAAAUAAAUUUCUCUCGUGUCAAUUGCUUGUUCAGUGAAGUGUUUUCAAUAAUGGGAAGAUGUUCAAAUUUAGGACAAAACUAAUGACUGAUUAUCAUACUAUUAUAGUUAUUUUUCAUAUAUAACGAGUAUCUCUUUGGACAACUUACGGCAUUAUUUUAUUUUUCGGUCAUAAUUUUAAUGACAAAAAUCUUUACUAAGGUUACAUUGUAUCAUCGUAACUUGACUUUUUCUUAUGAACGCAUAGUAACGACCGGUCUAGGAUUUCUAUUCAAGUAUACGUUCGACGUUUUAAUGACGAAAAUUAACUGAUAAACAUUGACGUGAUUCUUCCGAUCGCUUUGAACAUGUUAAUUUUUAAGUAAAUUUUAAGUGUCAUUAAUGGAAGAACAUAAAUGUUUCAAAUUUCAGUUAUUUAUUUUACGUAAGAAGUAUUUCUGCAUUAUUACAAAAUAAUAUAUAGAUGCUAUACCGUUUGUAAAACGAAUAAAAAAAAAUUUUGUUGUAAUUAUAUGUUAUGAUAGAAAGUUUCUGAAACUACUCGAUAUCUUUCCCAAACAGGCAAUUGGUACGAUUAGUUCAGCACUAGAAUUUUGUCGAAGGAAAUGAUCAAUAUGUUAAUUAGUUUGGAUUACUUAUUUAGCUAUAUUUCAGAGUCACAAUGUAUGAUGGAGUUUAAUAGAAGUGGCGGUAAAAAGGAAAAUGAAAAUGAACAUUUAUAAGUUUUGAAGUUAAGAGUAGGUUAGUUUGUAUUGAGAAUUCGUGUGUAUGUUGUGUGUGUAGUCGUAAAGGAGUGCAGAAUGUUUUCCUGCACCAGAUAACUCUUAACACCGUACGUUCAUGUUGCGUGUACUAAUUCACGCAGAAGAUUCUAAGAAAGCAGAAUUGCAAAUCAAUUAUUAAAAAAUAGACGCUUUGCUGACCAAACGAGGGUUAAGUGCACGUGUCAAGAAUUCCUAAUAAUUUGCUGUUGUUUCGUUUAAAGAUCUCACAUGAAUGCAAAAAAUGUUCACAUUUAAUAAAUUUCUUUUCUGACACAGUGUAUGGAUCUUCUGUUGUACACAUGCAAAUCCUCUUUGAAUAAAUCGAACAUGCAUGAGAUAUAAGUAUAAGGUUUUCUUCACUUCCAUAUUCCUUUGCGUAUUUAGUAUCAACAUAAGAUUUUUUAUCAUUGAUAUGAGCUAAUAAAAAUCCUCUAACAAGAAGGCCACACACACAAUAGCACUCUGACUGUAUGAUUAUGGUUACUAAUUUUUUACAACAAAUACUUGGCGUAUUGAAAAGCAAAGUUAAUUUAUUUUUGGAUGGCACCGAGCAGAACUGAGACUGAUACUGUAUUAAUUUUUUAAAUAAAAGUAUUAGAAGUUGGCAUGCAAAGUUACUAAAGAUUUAAUUUACGUUUAAAUUAGCAACGUAAUUAAUGUGUUAUAAACAUGAUUUUAUAUGAUAUUAAUUCUGUUUGGUGCAGCUAGUCUUUUCGAACGAAUGUUCAGUGAUCUAAUUCCGUAAUUUCGGUCUCUUUUUUUUACAAACUUAUAUUUGGUAGAUGUAGUACUGUUAUAUGUCUGACCGAACUGGCACAUGCUUUAAAUCAAUAUAAAAUUCAAGCAUUAGCCACUUCCAUUUUUUUCUUUUACAGUAUUAAUUAAACUAUAUUUAUAUAUAUUUCAGCUAUAUAUGUACUAUUAAUUUAUUGACAUCUUUUCAACCAAAUAUUAAUGUAAUACAGUGCGCUGUACGUUUGCAGGUGCUUUACAAAGAAAAUUCGCAAACUUUUCUACUGAAUUUUUUAACCUGCAAAACUAGAUGUGUGUAGAGCCUUAAGGUACUUUCAUUAUAAAUAUUACAUCUUUUCAGUAUUAAAUAAUUAUUUACGUUAGAAACGAGGUGAGAAUUAAAUUAUAUCUGAAAACGUACACUAAACGUUCGCUGUGCCAUUCUAAACACAUUUGAGAACAGUAUACAAUUUAUUACAUACGACAAGAUCUGAUUCAAACAUAUUACAAAAAUAGAAAAGUAAAUAAAUUCAUAUUGUUCUUGAAAUGAAAUUAUAAAGUAUGCGAGUUUUCAUUUUUUUUCUUUUUUUAUGUUAUCUUGUAAUUAUUGACAAAUCACGUAAUCGUGUAGUUGACUGAAACUGAUACUUCAGUGUUAACAAUGAGAAAUGAAAUUAAAAAUGUACAUAGUUAUUUAUAAGUAAAUACUUGUUUUCAAAAUUGUCAUAUAUUUCAUGUAAAACAAUCAUAUAAACAAACAUUCAAUCUGCUCUUAUUGUCCACUAUUAA